AUGGCCGAAAUCAACGUGACCCCAGAGAUUCAAAACGCCAGAAUGCCACCAAACCUCUCGCGUGAGGAAAGGAUGGCUUUCAUGGCUAACCAUGUUGAAGCAAUCCAAAAGUUGAAUCCCGAGACCGACAUGAAGCUGGAAACAAAUUGGUGGAAGGCGUCCAUCAACCUUGGCUCCGACAUUGAUUCGUCUGUUCUGACACGUGGGCCUCAGGAAUUUCUUAAUGCCGAGACGAAGAAGAGGGUGAACGAAACAACCAUGAAGAUGUUCCAGCCAGGGGCGGGACUAGACACGGCCAAAGCAGUUCGCGAAGAACUAAAAGAGCUCCUGGUGGGCCAUGAAAAUAUCUAUGAAUCCCUCGAGGCUUCGCUAUUUGCGAAUGAGAAAUCCCUGCUGCAAGCACAAGAGCUCAUUAAGGAGAAGAUCGCCACAGGUGAAUUGCCAUUCCCUGGUGUCGCGGAACAGAAGAGCUUGGGUUCUCAGGAGCCUUCUCAGUAG